AGCAAGCCUCAUCUGUACUGACUACUGACUAGGCUAGCCACAAGAGCGUGCUGACUCACGCGGGAGCGGCCAUGACACGCCGCCGCCGGGGCAAGCGCGGGCGCACGAGCCCAGACCCGCCGGCGAAGCGCCGCCGCGGAGGCCCGCCGGAGACAGAUGCCGAUGGCUAUCCGGAGCCCGCUCCGGCUCAGCAGCCGUUUUCGGUGAUGGUCGCAGGGCUGCCGCCCGGCUGCGGCGUGCUGGAGCUCAAGUCGCGGCUGGAGGCGUACGGCCCCAUCUCGCGGGCCCGCGUGGACGCCGCCGCGGCCACCGGGUACGUGACCUUCCGGUCCGGCGCGGCCGCCGUGGCUGCCAUUGCCGCGUCCCUCGACCCCGAUGGCGGCAUCACAAUCGGAUCCAAGAAGGUUUUAGUUGUACAGGCCAGCGAUGCGCCAAGUAACUCAAAAGGUGUAUUUCGAGCUGCUGAACCUACAGGGCGAUCAUUGCAUGAUGCGACAAAGAAUAACGAAAACAAUGAUUCAGCCAUCCCAGGUUCCAAAGCAGCAGCAGGAGUGACCUACAAAGCACGAGAAAUAGUCGCCUACGAUGAUCUUUUCUAGACUUCUAGUGAGCAGUAAGUAGUCUUCUAAGGUAGGAGCCAGCUUGGUCAUCUUUGUACAAUGUUAGGAGCUUGAGCUGCGCACCUGCGCCUGUGUAAUCUUAGUCUAGGUCAAAAUGUUGCGCUGUAGUGUGCAACUGUUUCCUGCCUUCAGUGUGUAUCAUUCGUGAAGGAGCUUUCAUGGAAACAUGGAGAGUUUUCAUGUGCCUUUAGCCUUUUUUGGUACAUGUUAUCAUGCAGAAUAAAAUGUGAAGGAACUUGUCAUCAAGUUCUAAGCAAGAUGAGCGACCUGGUAAACCUUCA